GUGUACACCUGCGUGGGCGCUUGCAGCACAGCUUCCUAGCUUUACCCGUUCAGACACCCCGAGGGGACGAAAGCAGCCUUCAGCUCCGCUCGCCGGACGAGCCAGACGCCACCGGAGCGGCAAGGAAAACGCCGUGAGACCAGCGCCGGCCUCGGUGCUGAAACAAGCCCCUUCUGAGAAAACCUCUGCUGCGCGCAGCACCGGUCCGAGUCGGCCCAACCGAGGGCGGCGAGCCGGAGACUUGGUGGAGGGUGUGGACCGCAGAGCCGCGACAGAGGUCCCCUCACCCUGAGGCCCACGACCCCGGCCCACGUCCCCCAGGGGGCCGAGCAAGCAUGAACCCGGUGUGGAAAGUCUACAAGAGCAAAGUGCUGAAGACCAUCAACCCGGAGUAUGAGGAGGGAACUCCGGAGGAGGCCGCAGAGGUGCAGAACGAUGUGAGUCCCGUGCAGGAGGACGAGGGGCCGAACGCUGUGUCCCAGCUGGCCAAGAAAAUGCAGGGGGCCGGGACUAAAAGCUGGAACAGGCUAUCAUCUCUCUUCAACAAGGAGGAUGAACACCAGCUUCUGGAGGACACCGAGAGCCCGCCAGUCGCAGACCAUCCACUUGCGAUACAGCCGGAGGAGCCCCCUCGCCCCGCCAGGCGCACGGCAUUCUGGGAUAGCUUUGCGGCCAACUGGGCGGCCAAGAAGCAGGCGGAGGCUGCCGCUGCGGCUGCUGCGGCCAGCGAGGCCGCAGAGGUUCAGGGGGAGGAGGGGGGGGCCGAGGCGGGAGGGGAGGAGAGCCAGGGGGGGCAGAUCACUCAGGAUGAGGAGAGGAGCGAGGAGGCGUCCUUCAAGUGGAACUUUGUCACCAGCAAGCUGGCAGAGCUGAAGACGAAGAGCAACUAG